GGCAAUUCGUGUAUCAUUGUCAUAUAUGUUUCAUUUCGUGUCAAACAUAUGUAAAAUAUGAAAAUUAUCGUAUCCAUGUCUGACAUGCCAAACUCAUAUAUGGUUUUUAUCGAAAUUUUAGACCGAGUUAUAUCGUUUAAGUGUCAUAUCAUUAUAUCUUGUCAAAAUUACUAAGUUUAGGUAACUGUUAACGGUAAUUGCUUGUUCACCAAUCAACAUGGUUGUUCUCCAAGAAUUUUUUUAGAAUGUUCAGGACCCAUCAUAAGUAGGCUUGAACAGAUACUGAAGUCAUUAGGUUGAUAAACUAUAUUAAUAUGUGUAAUUAGUAGGGUAGGGGGUUUAUUUUGCCUUAAUGGGGAUAUUAAUGUUUAAACUGAUAGGUAUGUACUGUUUCUAAUUGUUCUAAUUAAAUGCUUUAUUUUGUUUGUACUCGAAGUUGAUGAUAUGGCUGGAGUGGAGCAGAGGCAGAACAAGUCUGGAGGUGGUAAGUAUUUUUUUUGCUCAGGAGGGAAAAAGAAGGAAGUGAAGAAGGAGACUGGUUUGGGUCUCUCCUUUACCAAGGAUGAGAAUUUCGGGGAGUGGUACUCUGAGGCUGUUGUCAAUGGUGAAAUGAUUGAGUACUAUGACAUUUCUGGCUGUUAUAUUCUGAGGCCAUGGGCAAUUUCAAUUUGGGAGAUCAUGCAAACAUUCUUUGAUGCUGAAAUCAAGAAAAUGAAAAUCAAGAACUGCUAUUUCCCUCUCUUUGUAUCUCCAGGCGUUUUGCAAAAGGAGAAGGAUCAUAUUGAGGGUUUUGCUCCAGAGGUUGCUUGGGUGACCAAAUCUGGGGAGUCUGAGUUAGAGGUGCCAAUUGCAAUCCGCCCAACUAGUGAGACAGUUAUGUAUCCCUAUUAUUCUAAGUGGAUUAGAGGACACCGUGACUUGCCUUUGAAACUUAACCAGUGGUGCAAUGUCGUUCGAUGGGAAUUUAGCAAUCCCACACCAUUUAUCAGGAGUCGUGAAUUUCUAUGGCAGGAAGGGCAUACUGCCUUUGCAACAAAGGAAGAGGCAGACACAGAGGUUCUUCAAAUAUUGGAACUGUACCGAUGUAUAUAUGAAGAAUUCUUGGCUAUUCCUGUUACAAAAGGCAGGAAGAGUGAACUAGAGAAGUUUGCUGGUGGACUUUACACAACUAGUGUCGAGGCAUUUAUUCCAAACACUGGGCGUGGUAUUCAAGGUGCAACCUCCCAUUGUCUGGGCCAAAACUUUGCAAAAAUGUUUGAGAUAAACUUUGAAAAUGAAAAGGGAGAGAAGGGUAUGGUCUGGCAGAAUUCCUGGGCGUAUAGUACUCGAACGAUUGGGGUAAUGGUUAUGGUUCAUGGGGAUGACAAAGGUUUAGUGCUGCCUCCAAAAGUAGCAGCUUUGCAACUUAUUGUGAUUCCUGUGCCUUACAAAGAUGCAGAUACUCAAGGUAUUUUUGAUGCUUGUGUUGCCACUGUGGCAACCCUCUCAGAUGCUGGCAUUCGCGCUGAAGCUGAUCUUAGAGAUAACUACUCACCUGCUUGGAAGUAUUCGAACUGGGAAAUGAAAGGUGUUCCCCUAAGGAUUGAAAUAGGACCUAGAGACUUAGCAAAUAAUCAGGUACGUGCAGUUCGCCGUGACAAUGGAGCAAAAACUGAUAUCUCAAGAGUCUUUUUGGUUGAACAAGUAAAAGGAAUGUUGGAUAAGAUUCAACAGAACCUGUUUGACGUUGCAAAACAAAAACGAGAUGCCUGUGUUGAAGUUGUAAAAACUUGGGAAGAGUUUGUAACAGCUCUUGGGCAAAAGAAACUGAUCUUAGCUCCUUGGUGUGAUGAGGAGGAUGUGGAGAAAGACGUGAAAGCACGAACGAAGGGUGAUAUGGGAGCAGCUAAGUCUCUUUGUACCCCGUUUGAACAGCCUGAACUCCCAGAAGGUACUAAAUGCUUUGCCUCUGGGAAGCCUGCAAAGAAAUGGACCUAUUGGGGUAGAAGUUACUAAGAUUAUUCUCUUUUUAUGACCAUCUCCUUCACAUUGUCCCCUGUCUGAUGUCAGCUGUGCUGGUGUGUGGACCAUUCUUAACAGGAUAAUUUUCAAUUUGAAAUUGUUAUAUGAAACUGAUGAGAGUACUUGGUUUUAUUAUCAUAUAGUUAAGAGUUCACUACGAUGCAUGGCAAAAUAUUUACAUGAGUAAAUGUCACUCAUCUGUCAUUUCUUUUUGGUGAUUAAAACAUGCAGAAUGGCAAAAUAUUUACAAAACAUGCAGAAUGGCAAAAUAGUUACAACU